AUGGAGGCGAUCAGUAAAGCUGGACAUCAUAUGAGUCUAGCAGCAUUACAACAACAUGAUCCUUACAUUAACAAAAUCGUCGAUGUUACCGGACAGGUAGCACUGUACACCUUUAACUCCAAAGCAAAUGAAUGGGAAAAGACCGACAUUGAGGGUACCUUGUUCGUAUAUACCAGGUCUGCCUCUCCUUAUCAUGGCUUUACAAUCAUGAAUCGGCUAAACAUGAAGAACCUUGUGGAGCCCAUCAACAAGGAUCUGGAGUUCCAGCUGCAGGACCCCUUUCUCCUUUACAGGAACUCCAACUUGGCUAUAUACAGCAUCUGGUUCUACGACAAGAGCGACUGCCAGCGGAUCGCCCAGCUCAUGUCGAGGGUGGUGAAGCAGGAGGCGCUCCAAGCCCAGCAGGCCCCCCCGGAGAGAAACACCCCCAGCAGGACCAAUGGCUGCGUGGAGGACCGGCCCAUUGACAUCCUGGAGCUGCUCAGCAGGGCCAAGGAGGAGUACCAGAGGACACAGGGUGGUGAAGCAGAUGUUUCCACAAACGCAGAGUCAGGCCAUGCUGUGGAGCCUCUUAAAUCUGCAGCAGACACAGCAGAGCGCGUGGGGAGUGCACCUCAGCAUGAGAAGAGCUCUCAGCCCGGCCUGAAGCAGAUCACCGUGGAGGAGCUUUUUGGGAGUUCAUUGCCAAAGGAGCUGCCGCUGAUGGGCCUCCCAAGCCAGGGUGCCCCGGAGAAGGGGCAGCCGGAGGGCUUCCUGCUCGGCCUCAGCACUGUCCCGUCCUUUCCUUUCGAGCCUCCGCUGGUACCCCGGCUCAACACCGACCCCGGGGGGGAACGCACCGCCCUGCCCAAGACCGAACGGCACCUCACCCCGGGACUGGUGCCCCUAUCCGACAUGAAGGGCACCCCCAGCUACACCCUGCACCCCAGCCCGGUCUUCCACCCCAGCAGUGGGGGGGUGGGGGCAGCGCAGGUCCAGGCCCCCUCCCCUCUCCUCGUGGGCCAACCUGGACCCGAGCAGCUGACCGGCGUGGCCCCGGCCUCCUGCUGCCCACCCAACGGCGCCCCCUACAGUAGCCAGAGCCUGCUGAACCCGCUCAAGCCUGACGCCCUGCCACCCACCGCCCUCAGCAAGCCCUCCUUGGCGCCCAACUUCCUGCCCGCCCAGCUGGCCACGCCAGAGUGCUUCAGAGAGCCCAUCCCCAAACCUGCACCCUUCAGUAGCAUCCCUGCCGCCCCCAUACAGAUGGUGACCUUGAAGGCGGGGCCUGCAGUGUCACGGGCUGAGCCCUCGGUGCUGCUCUCUCCCAGCAUGUUCCAGCAAUCAGUUACCAAGACGCCUGAGCUGGACAGGAAGCCUGCGCCUCCCUCUCCUUCCUCAUCACUGACAGCAACAGAGCCCCCCGCCCCCUUCAACAGGCUCCAGCUCCAGGACACACUCAUCCACCUCAUUAAGAAUGAUUCCAGCUUCCUCAGCGCCAUUCAUGAAGCCUAUCUACAGAGUCUCUCUAAGGACCUGAACAACAUCAAGUUAUAGCCAAUAGGACAAGGAUGAGGCACAUGUCUCAAACGCACAAACACAGUAUUACUUGUUUAAGAUGCCGAAGCACUCAGUACAGAGUACCAGUACAGGAACAUGUAGACCGUACGUACGUUCAUAGGGAUGGCAGGUAUGCCAUCUGCCAGUUUGCAGGUUGGCAGGGCAUACUCCAUACCUGUACAACACUGGGAGUAGGGCCUUUUUUGGGGUUCUGUACAUACACACACACAUACAUAAAUCUCCCUCAUGUCUUUCCUCAUGUAAAGAACAGCACACAGUUUGAGUUACACCAUCUCUUGUUCAGUUUCUUUUUCCUGAAUUUUCCUGCAGAUAAGCAGAAGAGUACGUGUUACAUACUUUUGUGAAUGUAAUAGUUUCUCUCUCUCUCUCUCUCUCUCCCCCUCUUUCUUUCUCACUGAUACAUCAUCAUCAGCUUUAAGCGAUUUGUGCAAUGUGAGCAGCGUGUUUUAGAGGAUUGCUUUCUUGGGAGCCCUGUCUGAAAACGACCCCCAGUGCAUUUGGUUUGUAAGUGGAAUUAUGCAGUUUUGCCUAAAGCUCAGCUGGGAGUUGUGCAGUAUGGAGGUACUGCAGUGUAGCGAGAAGUGUCACAACUCACCCAUACCCUACAGAAACACACCGGUAUUCAGUGUCCACUGUCCUACAUCAUUUUGAGCGAACACUUACAGCUCACUCAACUUUGCAGAGCUUUUCAAAUUCCCUAUAUCAUUGCUCUAAGUUAAUAGUACGUUCACAUCUUUAAAUCGUGUGCCGAUGUGGCCAAUCCUGUCUCUACUCCUCUUGAUGUUGCCGAUAUUGACCACCAACUCUAUAAAGUCCCACAAUAUACACGCAGCUGAUGUCCCCCUUGGUACACCCUGUGCAAGCUCCUCUGACAGCACUGCUCCUUUACCAGUCUAUGGUAAGAAGAGUGUGGGGUCCAGGGGAAAUAGAAAGUCGUCUUGAGAUUGCUCAGGGUUUGAUUAUUGAUGCUGACGCUGAAUGCCUCCAGUUUAUACACGUUGUUUCAAUCAGUUAUGUAGCUCCAGCACAGUGAUAACUCAAGUUCAUAUAUCUUAUAGGCAGAAAAAUGUAAUGACUGUUCUUUGGAAAAUUUAAGGUUUGUUGUUGAAUACGCUGAAUUCCAUAAAUAGUAAUAGCAUUUCAGUUUUCUUUGUGUCGGUCUAUAACGGAAGGCAGAAAUUAAAAUGUAGGUCAUCAUGUUUUUGCGGAGCGCCUAUCAUUUCACACUUUACAUUAGCCUCUUUGUUUGAGUGGCCAGUGCACAGCCUUGUCCAAAUAAACCUCCUUGGCCACAUUUCAGCAUUGCCAAUGCAUUGGAUAUAUUACUAUCUCCGUAUGUGAAUGUCACUAAUUUGCAAGCUGAUUUUUGCAACAGCUGUUUAUAAAAACUAAUAAGAAAGUAUAUGGUGUUAAUGUAUUUCACUGUGGCUGUUUUAUCACCAUUAGUCAAUACUCCAUCCUUGCCCCCAUGUCUUGCUAUAGUUAACAGUUAACAGUCUGUUGGCCCACCCAGCCCCAGAAGUCCUUAUGCCUCUUGCAGUUAGCAUUGAGGGGGCUUGCUUUAGGUUGUAUGCUCUUUCAGGCCAGAACAAGCUUUCAAUUCAUGCUGAAUGUUUUCAUGUCUGAUAUUGAAAGUAAAUGAGAACCACAAUUUGUAACCUUUAUUAAACUAAGCUAUUGAUGCAGUACUUUUUUGACAGCAGCCUUGAUAAUUGGGAAGUAAUAGGUGACACCUUGUAAAUUCUUUUGACUUAGUUGAGAGUAUGUGUUUUUUUGUCAUAGGAACAGCUUCUUCCAGGUGGUACAUGAGUGAUGAAAUUGCCAAAAUUUACUGUCAAAGACCAACCAGUUGUUAUUAAGGGAAGCUUUUUUGGUUUGCUGUUUUUGGUUUUUUUUAACUGCUCCAAAUGCCAUGGACUUCACCAGGGUAUAAACAAAGGACCGCAUCCUGUUGCUCAUGCAGACCCUAUCCCGGCGUUAUCUUUUAAUUAAAGCAGAUGCACAAAAUGAGCAGUUUCUCCACUUAUGUGUUUUGAGAAUGUCAAGAAAUGCAGUGUCUUCUUUUGUACUGUUCUGGCCUUGUGAUACGGAUAUGGAGGAAGAUUAUUUUAAAUUGCUAUGUCCCUAUUUAAGGUUUUAUGAUGUAAAAAAAAAAAUUGUUUACGUGUCCUUUUUUUUCCUUUUCUGUGGUAGCUGAGAAUCUGGGACAUGUUUGGCUUUCUGAGUAAUGACAUCACAGGAAAUGGAACCUGCUACUCUGUAGACCAGUGUGCCUCAACCCUGAUUUGUGUUCCAAGCUCCUCAUUUGUUUGGUCUGACAGAAGAUCAUAGUGAAAGUAUUUCUCCAAUUUCUGUUUGCACUUGCCACUAAAACAAAUUAAUAAAAUUGUCCUUCAGCUUAAUUCAAUGCACUGCUUUAGGGCCCAUAACAAUUAACUGAGCAACUAUUUCAGCUUCAUUUGGCGAGCAACCUGGAAUUUAAUUUUAAUCAGAUAUGUUGAAUAAACCCCUUUUAUCUUUUUUGUUGGCAUGGGAACACCUCCAAAAAUACUUAUUUCACACAAGGUGGCAGAUGAGCUACCAAGAAAUGUUCAGUACGGAUCAAUUAACCACCCAGUCAAACCUGAUUGAUGCAAAGCAGUUUGGAACACAAACCAGCAUACAAUGUUCUCCAAGGGGCAGGUUUCAGAAACGCUGACUAAAUGAAAAUGAAUUGUUUUUUUUGUUUUUUUACACUGGAGGAAGAUUCCAUAUGCCACAGCCACCUUUAAGGAGUCACUGCAC